UUUUAGAAUUCCAUUACAUCCAAUCUAUUUAUACGUUGAAGUAUGAUUAGUAAUGUAAAAUGUAUGUACUUUAAUGUUUAGUUGGAAUUGGAUUGAGAAGAUUUUGGAAAAGUCUUGAAAUAUGCAACCAUUGUCGUCGUCGUCCUUGGUCCUAUUUGGUCAUUUUAUUUGUACACGAACUAUUCUCCAAAAAAUACUAUUUUUUAAUACGAUUUUUUUCAAAGAAAAUGAAGCUUCUUCAAAAAUUCGUCAAAGAGGCACCGUAGAUUUAAACUUUGUCUUUAAAAUUUUGUUCAUCAAAAUUGAUCAAUAAUUAGGCCUCUUUUCCUUGAUGGUAUAAAUCAUUAAAAAACGAAGGGUGAUGAACAGCCUUAAUGAAGUUUUGUUAAUAAAUAUAGCUAAUAUAAAAAAAAAAAUUGAAGGUAGUCAUAUGUAGUAUAUUUAAGAUAUUUUGGAAUAUUUAACAUGACUGCAUGUAAUAUAAAUAUUGAAAAAAAUAUGUCAGCUGAUAAAUGUGUUAUAAUAAUAGCAGGAAUACCAGAUGAUGUAUAUUUUUGUCAUAUAUGUUAUAUAGCUGAAAACUUGGCAAAGAUCUUAUCAAAUUUUAAAUAUAACAAAAUUUUUAAAAGUGCACUUGAAUGGAAGUCAUGGCUUGAAAAAAUCUGUUAUCGUUGGAAUUGGUCACAUACAAAAUCACCAUUAAUCUGGAAAAAAGUUGGUUUAUCUAAAAAUAAUGUUACUUAUAUUGGAGGUGUUAAUCAAUUUUGGGAAUUUUUGCACUUACAUUACAAUAUUAGUGAUUAUAUUACAGAAGAUGAUCUUAAAAAAUUACAAUUGGAUUACUCACUUGUAAAAAAGAUAUUCAAUUAUAAUAACGAUUCUGUUAUAAUUCUUAAUGUUAUUACAGAUGUAUGAAACAAUGUUGAAAUUACCAUCUGUGAAAACGUCACUUAUACAACAUCGUCGCAUUACAGUAUUAGGUGCUGGCAAAGCAUUAUGUGUAGACUUAAUACCACAAUUAAUAACAAUUAAAGAA